AUGGUACCACCAAGUCCGAAUGGUGUUUCAAUUUCGCGUUCAUUCGUGACUGGAGUUCGCCCAAUGGAGAUCGCUAGACGUCUCCGACUUCUAAGACGAACCGUCAAUGAUAUAAUUUCUUGUUACAAGGACCUUGUAGCACUUUGCAAUUGUGCUGGAAGAGGAUGUACUGUAACGGUGACAACUCCACAGCGAGUUACAAAAGCCAUGGCAAGAAUUCGGAGAAACUCAGAUCGGAGCAUCAGAAAAAUGUCAGAGGACAUGAAAAUCAGUCGCCGUUCAAUGGGACGAAUAGUAAAAGACCAGUUAAAAUUGGAUAUUUCUUGUGGGAGAAAGACGGCGAUUCUCUCAGUAGCCACCGUCAAGAAAAGACUGGAAAGAUCGAAAAUUCUCCUCCGCCGUACGCGCACUGAUGAAAAUUUAGUGACUGUUUUUCCGACGAAAAAUUUUUACCCAGCAUCUGUGAUGCUUUUUGGAGCAGUUGUCGCAACUGGCAAAUCUCCCUUGGACCUGAACUUAUUGGAUUAUUCCAAUUGAGGGGUUUUGUAGGCAAAGGUCCAUACCAAACCUCACUUAAGUAUCGAGGCUCUGCAGAAGAUCUUGCUCGAGGAAUGAGGCGAUUUGUUGGAGGAGUACCUGCGUACAGUCAUCGAUGACUACCCGCGACUUCAUCGAGCUGCUAAGGCUAAAAAAGGAGGUCGCAUGGAGCAUGACUAA